AUGAAUGUUGUUCCAGGAAGCUUGCAAAUCGUUCCUGAAAUCAUCUCGAUGGAAAAUCAAGAAGGCGGAUCGCCUAAACAGGUACGGACAAAAAUCCAUAAUCCGGGGGCUGAAUUGGAGUUGCUUUCAUAAACUCCUCUCCGGGUCCUAGGAGGAUAAACCGAGCAGAUUUUGGUUUUAGGCACACAGCAUUUUGCGCAUAUUCAUUCCAAUUUUCAACAUUAGUUCUUUCUCAAAUCCGCUCUCUUGUGUCUACCGUAUCAGUUUCAGAUUGCGGCCGUUCCCUCUUUGCUCACCCAACAACCGCUGCCGUCAGCGGCGGCAACGGCAUUCAGAAGCCACACAUCGGAGAGUCAAGAUGAGCUGUCACCUACCAAUCCCUCACGUAUGUUACUUUUUCGUUUGGAGAGUGCAUCCCCGCAACCUGAAAUUAUGUUACUCAUGUCUUCCACCUAACUCGUUCUUACGAUGACGUCCAAGUUUUAGCACUUGCAAUUGUGUUCCUUUUUUGGUUUGUGUACCCAUCUUAAAAACGCAUGCAUUCUCGCAUCCGGACUUUCGCUUGGAUAGGUGUGCAAUGGGCGCUUCCUUUUUACGCGCAAAUGUAGUAGUCGUUGUUGUGUAGUGGAAAAUGUUUUUUGUUGUCCCCACACAUCCUGUUAUUUGUUCUUCUUUUCAUUUGUGACACUCACUUCCUCCUUAACAACUUAUACGUGUUCCAGAAGCGCCAACACCGGCUGGUCCGAUCAGCGCAUUCCGCUUCUCAUCUGCAUUUUUUAACCCUGACAUUUUGCGUAAUCUAAAUAUUGAGAAGUCUACUUCACCGAGUGAGCUUCGCUACUUCGCAAGAUCAAACUGUGAAAUGAAUACUUUCAAUUUCAGAGCAACAAUUAUCACAUCAACUAUUCGACAACCUUACUCCACACACAUCCCAAUCACAACCGGAUACUCCAGCGGAACCUCAACCACCUCCAUCAAUACAGAUACCAAUUCCACUUCCUAUCAACCCAGUUUGCUCAGGACCAGCUCCAGAUCAGGCCGCCGUAGCUAAUUCAAAUUUAACGGAGCCCAUUCAGUCUGUUGUGCUGUCAGACUGGGUCGGCUACCGUGUUUUGGCGCUUGUACCACCGGGCGUCUAUCAGCCUGGUUUUAUUAAGUGUACACUCAAUAAUCAAGAUGUUAUUAUCCAGGUGAGUGGCAGAAAAGAGCUUAUCUUCUAAUCGUGUUGCAAUAUUUUAGAUUGAUGAUGGUAGGGAGGCCAGAUACAAUGAUGUGGUGAACAGCGCCAACUUUUCCUUGGUCAUUGCCGAUCAGGCGCCAAGUCUGACAGAUGUAAGUAUCAUGAGCCAUAUUCUUUUUAUUACCAAAUCUUAAGCUAACGGAUAGGCAAAGUGCGGACCUAAUCCCUGAUAGUUUAGUCUAGACCUCUUCUGAAAAUUGAAAAAAUAUAUAUAUAUAAUCUCUUCGAUUACAGUUGUUAACAAUCAGUGGGAGCCCGAAUCUUGCCGUCAAGUUGCCAUUAGAGAAAGCGGAGUCGGUGUUUAGGACGGCAGAUCUUCAAGCCAGCACCGGAAUUCCGCCAAAGUUUUUGGUACAAAAUCCGUUAAUUUUGACAUAGAACCUCGUUGGUUUCAGGUAAAAGUGAUGAACGCGCCAUACGCAAGUGUAGUGUCCCGCGCGAAUCUGCGACUUCUCCGGCCACCGUGGUACGACGACAAUAUGCAACAUGUCCGAUUUCCGACUUUGUGAGUGGUGCUGAUGUUUGUUUAAUCAGACAAACUCAUUUUGUUUUGCUUGACUACUAAUUACACGUCGAACUUUACCGAGCAGACUUCUGUAGACCACUGUGAUAUUCAGAAUUCUAAGCCAAAAAUGUUGUUCCUUCUUGCAGUUUGCCGGUCACAAACGGAAAUGGCGGUCGGACGGUUUCGGAAAAUAUGGCGCUGGUGCUCGCGUUGCAGAACCGUCAACGUGCGUUACAUUUACAUCAGCAUGUGGCCAACAUGACUUCUGUGUAAGUUUCAGCAGUUUUGUCGAAAAUCUUUCUCGAUGCCAUUUCUAAGACACCCUACAAUCAUUCCGAGAACACAACCACGCACACUCACAAAUGUUGAUACAUUUCAAAAAUUAUAGUAUAACUUUGUCCUUUUCCCUCGAAAGCGAGAGUGUACGAGUGGGAAAGCUCAGUAAAACAUGAAACGCGGAAAAAGUGUUCACUCUUGUCGUCUGUAAUUUGUUUUUGAUAAGUAAGUUUCAGGGUUCCUCCUGCUCCGCCCCACUCUUCCCUGUCGCCUUCUCCAUCCGCUCCUGGCCCUCUUCUCAUAACGGCUCCAGUAGUUCAAAUACCGCCAGCGCCGCCUACGCAAGAGUCAAGUUCCAACGCGGUCUCCGUGGAUUCGGACGAGGAGCAGCCGGGGCCAUCAAAUCAAGUGAGUUCGGCUAAUCCGUAGAGUCCAUGCACCUUACUAACGUUUUCUGAUGAAUCACGUCACUCGUCACCACUUUUUCUAUGGGCAAGCUGCCGGCAGUCUCACCCUAACAAUUGUCAAAUCCUCUCUUCUAACACGACACCUAUUCACUCAUCUCGUAAUCUCAAUCGCACAAAAACUGCUAUUGGCUGUUAACGUAACAACAAGGCGCUCCUCCUCUCCUGUGCAUCCUUCCCAAAAUAUGAGUAUUAGCGAUCUCUAUUGUCUGGCUCCAGUCAGCAGUACGGUAAUCCCGUAGCUCUGUCGUACUCGCUCCCUCCCCCAAUUCUUCAUCCCAUUCGACUCGUUUGUUUUAGGAUCAGUCGGGUGAACCAUCGCCGACUACGGUACCUGCUGCUCCCAGAGCUCAUCUCCUCAAUCCGUCUCAAGACUCUGGAAUAUUCGAAGGAGAAGCCGAGAGUUCAAACACCGGUUCAAAUCCGAACGGUCAAAUGUUUCAACAUAUCACUGCGCCGGUGUGUGCGACCAAAGCCAUGUUAGAUCAGGUCGGUUUACUAGUCGAAUCGAAUCACAACACUGUCUGAUGCGGUUUGUAGCAGCGAUUCAAAAAAGGAGAGAUUGUGACGACGCAAUGCGGCAUUCGAAAGAAGUUCAACGGCAAACAGUGGCGACGGUUGUGUUCUAAAGAAGGGUGUAAUAAGGUAUGUGACCAGUCGGAUUGAUACGCUUCUUAUCAAGUCCGUCUUUGCUUCCCCCCAUGCGUGUUUGUGUGUCGCUUUCAAUCACAAGAUCCGAGAAUGAAAAGAAUUCAAAGUACUUUAGUCGAUCGGCUACAAAAUGCCUAUUUUCGGUACACUGUCCCGUCUCUCAGCUGAAAAUGAGAGAAGUUGAAUCAAAAUAAAAUAAACGGAUAGAUAGGGUCACAAGUUUCUCUAAUUUACGAUCUGACAGUUGGUCACUUUCCUUCUCAUCAAACAUUUAUUUUAUACCGUACUGAAUGAAUCUUCUUCUUGAUCGCUAAAGGAGUAGCGAAGCGAAACGGAUACCUAAUCAGGUGACGAAAGUCAGCUGGCCACUCGUGCAUUGUGUUCAUCGGUGCGCACUUUUUUCCCGUCAUCUGUUUCGCUUCUCAUUAUCCGUUUCUACUUUGACUGAGAAACGAACCAAGUAAUGUGACCUUUUUUCAGGAAUCUCAACGAAGAGGCUACUGCUCUCGUCAUUUAUCGUUAAAGAGCAAACCUCCGCACGGACAUCAUUUGGAGCGAGCGUCGCCAGCAAUUGUCAAACAAGGUAUGUGGAUGGAUUUAGUAUUGUAGGAAAAAAAGCGGACCUUCCAAAGAAGUUAUGAUUAUCCUAAUACUUUACUAAAAUAAAUAUAGCUACACAAGUUUCCUUUACUGAAACGUUUUCCUUAUUUGUGCUCUCUCUGCAAUUCACUACGGACGGACUGCUAAAUAAACAGAGCGCGAAGAGUUUACGCAGUAUAUAUAUAUAAUUGAAAUGGCCUGAACCUGCGAUAAGAGAUGACGUUGUUGCAAACUCAUCGUUUAACUUUUACCGAAAACUCUACGGAUAUUUCGCAAAAAUUACUGAUCAUGUCGACCUUUCUCAUCAAGCCGACUAAUCUUUAAAGCACGUUAACAUUUGUCUACUGUAGCCAUAGCUCAUUCCUUAUAAUUCCUCUUAGCUCAUUCAAAAAUCUAAUCGUUGUUUGUUUUUGUCUCCUUAACCCCCUCCCAUCUCAAGAGGUUCCAGAAAAAAAGAACAAAGUGUGCCAGAUGAAUGGCUCUGACUUUUAGUGUGUGUGCACUCUACUCUAUUGAAUACACGGCCCGUUUUUUGUCCACGCUCCCGUCUUCAGUACUCUUUUCACCUUUAUUCGGACGACAAUUUUUAUUUCCUUUUCAAACACGCUGAAAUUGUUCAAUGACUGCAAAGAAAACGUUGUUCCGUGCGCCAUUCGCAAUGUUCAAUUUGACGAACUUCCAAGGUUUUUGGUUGACGUGUAUGAGUUACUGAAAAACUGAAAACAUGGAAAUGGAAUUAAAAACAUCCGAGUUUGUGUGAUCAGACUGCAUUAUUAUUACAACCUACCGUAAGCCUUACGAGAUGACUGGCCUGAUCCGCUUUCUGAAUACUUUAAGGAUUUGGCUGAUACGCUAAAAUGUGUCAAGGAAAGAUAGAUGCUUUAAAAGAGUGUGGUCGGUCCCUGAUGAAACUUUUCUUCUUCUUCUUCUUCAUCUCUACCUGCGUACCAAUUGCAUUGCCAUAGUACGAUUUUCAUUUUGCCCAAAUGCCAUACAAAAGUUCCGUACGUUUUUGUCCAAUUUUCAUCUUCUUUAUAUAUUACGUUUAUUCUCGACGUUCGUGCCCGCUCCGCUGAAUAGUCUCGUACACAUUUUCUCCCUUUCUCUCUUGAAAUUGUGAAAUUGUCGACCGAAUUCGAGAGUCGAUUAGUCAUGCUCGCUCGCGAUGGGCACAAGAGAACAAAUGAAUAGGCCAUUUGGUCGCGUACUGUUUUGCUGACGGACUAGUACGAUGUGUAGGCUUGCUCCGCCCACUUUUCUUUAACAGAAUGCCGUCGUGAAACACGUAAAAAGAGCGUGAAAUCGUCAUUAUCAGCUUUUUUUGGCGGACCGACCGAGCGGCAAGCUGCAAGCAUGGCCCUGGCUCUAGUUUAAUGAUGUGAAAAUGGCAUCUCGGAUUACACAACGCAACAAUUUCAUUUUCUUUAUUUCCAAAAAAACCGCUUUACUAGUUUCCAUUUCUGAUCCCAUUUUAGACGACCAAAACUCGAAAAGAAAAUCAGGCAUGCCUUUCUUUAGAAAUAAUUGUUUUUUGCUGAUAUUUUCAUAUUUUCACAUCAAAAGUCACACCCAACCUACUCAUGAACAGGUGAAAGAACAAGCGCGAUGCGGUUUCGCUCGGAUGAAGAAGAAUGAUAAAUUAAUGAAAUAUUCUUCUUAGUGGUCGAGAUCGAGACAUCAAAAUCUGAAAUCUAUAAAGCCAAUCUUCUUAUUUUUUUAUUUAAAAUAGGAUUAUGGUCAGAAUGGAUGAAGAUGUCUAAAAAACAGAAUCGUUCCACUAAGCACCGAUUUUUCAUUUCCUCCUUCAGUGAUCAUUUCUGCUCGCACCCCCAUCUUUCGCAUAAAGUUCACCCAGAUUUGCAUUUUCAUCGGAAUCAUGAAGCAUUCUUUGACGCAAGUCCGCAUCCGCAUCCUCCUUCUUCUUUUUCAUGAGCUCGAUUCCACCCACAUCAUUAUUCUGCCCUUUUUAAAUAUAGACUAAAGAGUUGCUUGUGCUUCUCCAUUCAAUUCACAAAUGUUCAUUAUUCCAACUAUUAUGAAUGUCACUAGACACUUUAAUUAAAUGCUUCUCAACUAAAUGCUUUUUUUCAGAACUCUUCCACUCGGAUUCGUCUGUCUUUCUACCAAACUCUGCCCCGCCACGCAUCCCGACCACUGUCAACGCGAACGUAUUUUCUGGAAAGAUCAAUCCGUUAUCAGCUCCACCAACGCUUUUGACGGAUAAACAGUUGCCUCCGCAAUUUUCGGUGAGCGAAAUGAUCUGUUUUGGAGAGCUCUAAUCGGAUUCCUUUUUGGUUUUCAUUUAUUUAUUUAUUUGGGUCUUAAUUCAAGUCUACUGUACCUUCUAAUACUGGUGAUGUCAGAAGUGUACUGAAAAACCAAAAUGAGAAUCGUGUUUUGUAUUCAACAGAUGCAGGUUACAGUUAAAUCCGACCCCACUCCCCCGUUUUGUUUCAUUCUCACUUCUAGUUCAUAUUCUCCGUGUUUCUGUUUCACUGAACAGAAAAAACGAAACUAGACGUAACGGUCUCCGCUCGGUUCCAUUCAGAACUGUGACGUCGUGUGGAGGAAGGGAUUGGCUGAUCAGAAUUUUGGUCUCGCGCUCUUUUUUCGCCCAUUUUGCCUCACUCGUGUGAAAAACGACGGGGAAAAAUGAACUGGGCCCCAGAAAUCUGAUAUUUCGCCCGUUUUCAACAAUUCCCCUGCCUCUUGAAAAUGCCCAAAUUUGAUCCCUCAUACUCUUUUGCAUCUUCUUCUUCUUCUGCUUUUUUCUGCAAGACGACUCAAAAAAUGAAACCAAAUAGAGAUUUUUUUUAAAUGAACAUUUUUUUGAAUCUUCAGGUCGAACGAGCUCAACAGUUCCAGCAGUUGAUGCAACUCGGAAACGCCAGGAUUGAGAAUCAGUUUCAGCAGGUGAUUUAGGGAGCUGAAAAGCAGAAAACGUGUUCCGUGAUUUGUGGGCUAAGGGGAGUCAGAAUAACUGUGAUGUGUAGGUGACUUGAAAGUAUAGAAUUGGGAAUCGUUUUGUCCUUAUUAGAUGUUGAGCUAUUCAGCUGCAACAACUUCUAAUGCAAGUACCCCCUGGUCGUCGGCGACUGGACGAGCUUCCGGCAAUGACUCAAACCAACAAUGUGUUCUGUCCGCCAAUGGGUCUUACGAAUGCGGCGGCCAGCGGACUAUUCAACCUGAACCCCGCUCUUCUUUCGCAACUCACCGCUCCAUUACUUCAACAGCAAGCUCAAGCACUUCUCCAGCAACAGUUGAAUGCUCAAAACCAUCAAAUCAACAACAACAAUGUGAAGCAAGAGGAAGAAGAGGAGGAUGACGAUGGUGCCAGCAGCGACAGUUAGUUUUUCUCGUCCCCCUUUCAUGCUCCACUGGAUUCGGGUUCAGUCGACCUUUUUUUCUUUCUUGCAGACGUCAGCGUUUGUCAGAAAACAGAAGAGCGCUCCGACGACGACGAUGACGGAAGUUCGGGAGGAGGCGGAGGAGUCGCGUCAGCGGGCUCCUCAAAUCCGAACGGGUCUAGUUCAAGUGCGUUGUGAUCUUCCGAAAGCCUAGCUUAUCCCGGAUCGCUGUCAUUUUUGACGCUCUUUUGAGAAUUGAAUAUAUAAAAGUCGGCUAGCCAUCUUUGUAAGUGUCUACACGCAACACUUCAUUAGUCUACUCUAGCAACUUCAACUUUUCUUUUUCGAACCUAACAAUCUCUUAUAAUUUCAUUUUUAUUUGCAGAUUUUUCAAUUCACAGUUCCACGAAAACAUCGGGAAACGGCGGCGAGCAGAAUCAAAACCAACACAGCAAUUCGCAGAACUCGAGCGAGAUGGGUACGUAACAUAUCUGCCCUCCUCCCAUUCUCUCCCAUUCCAACUCUAACUCAUUAACGCUUCUCAUGAAAGAAGGAGCAUUUUGCCAGUGGGUGUUUGUUUUUCGUUCAUAAUGUUGCAAUUUUACUACUACGCCUCCUACGUUGUGUGCGCAGAGCCGUCACCAAUUUCCGGUUUCCGUCUUCAGGAAACUGUCGUCUUCUUUUUCGGGACGGGAUGAAGUGGACAUCGUUUUUUGACCUGAAUCCUCUGAAGUGAGAAAAGUUGCGUGUUUAUUUUGUGGCUGCAUCCAUCGCCAAUCUCAAUUUCCAAUGUCUUCAUUGCUCAUCUGACCUAUCCAUGACGUCCAUCUCGGCGUCCUUCCAAACAAACGUCCCCGUCCAUCCACCCACCAUUUCCUUUCGUUUCCCACCCACUCUUCUGGUCACGCUUAUCCCCGCCAUCCUCAUUUCUUAAUCGCCGCACUCUUUUCUCAAUGAUAUCACCAUUAGCUCAUUUCGUUUCAUUUGAGUUUUAAUCUUAAAUCGCGGCAUAAAAAUAUCGAAUCAACUCAAUCGGAUUCCGGUUCAUUUCUUAUCCUCCGCUAUUCUGACUUGCUUCUAUUCAAAUGAUAACGUCAUAUUUUUCACUUUUAUCCCAAAGAGGAUCAACUCCUCUUAUCAUUUCACAAGGUAGAACCCUAAAUCCGUAUCCUAUAUAAAUAUGGUUGUCUAUCCAAAAUUAUUAUUUCAGCGGAGUACGAUAUGUCCAGAGAGCUGUCCGUUGAGACGAGUGAAGCCAGCCUUCCAUCCCUUCCUUCGCAGGUACCUAACGUCAUUCAUAAACUUUUUGUUUCCAUCCAAGUCAAGACUACUCAGAAUAGUGAACUUACAAAAAACCUUUGAGGGAUCACGGUGUUCGUUCAUAAACACCCUUUCACGUAGCGUUUCUUUAUGUCUCUGACUCACGUAGCUACCACACCCUUUAUCUUUUCCUAAGAUAUCCAAAUAUUUUCCUCAUUUCUCUGUUUUCCAGCCGUCCUCAACCACCAACUCCAUUGGCAGCAGUGUCAACUCAGCGUUCCGAUCGCCAGGUUUGUCGAGAGCAAACAGAUAGAUUGUCUCAAACCUAUCAAAAAAGAGAGAGCGAGAGAGAAACGAAAUGAAAAGAAACCUUCAGUCUUUUCAGUGAAAACCGAGCCCAAAGAUGAUUACGAGCUGGCACAUGUGAAAGAGAGCAUGGACGUGAAACCGGAGGAUUUUCCGUUGGCCAAGGAGAGGCGAAGAUCAAAGACGACGGUAUGUUGUGUCAAUAUCGAUUAAUUGCAUUGCAUGACCGAGUUUAGAAUGAACCACAUGUUCGACGGCCGAUGAACGCUUUCAUGAUCUUUUCAAAACGUCAUCGACCACUGGUACAUCAAAAGUACCCGAACAAGGACAAUCGUACCGUCUCAAAGAUCCUCGGCGAGUGGUGGUACUCUCUGGCGGCCGAUCAAAAAGCCGAAUAUCACAAGUUGGCGACGCAAGUGAAAGAAGCGCACUUCAAGGCUCAUCCCGAUUGGAAGUGGAGUACGAAGGAAAAGAAGAUCAAGUCUGAGUCACUGAACUCCACUCCGGUAGUUUUGACUCCACAUAAAAACCAGGUGAGGACUACCGUACCACUUUUUCUGAGAAUUCUCUUAGUUGCUGUUUCUGAUUUGAGUUUGGUGUUUUGGGUUGAGGUGAAAGUACCCGAUAUUUUGCUCAUUAGCACCAAAGCAAAGCACCAACGUCAAAGCUUCUCUUACAAGAAAGAGAAGCAGCGAACAACAUGCUUGCAAAGUUCCAGGUGUUCGACUUUGACUUCCGCACUUCGGAUGAUCUCGCUAGAUCGUUUGUCGACGGAACCGCUCUGCUCAGCCCGAUGACUCCAAUGACUCCAGGAGCUUCGGCGUUCCGAUACCUAUCUUCGCGCGACUCUGCCAACUCAUUUGAUUUGCCUGGUCUACCACUUUUGAGUCCAAGCCUUUCCGCGAUUUCCGUAUCCACACCGAGCAUCACCGGCUCACCGGCACUAACGUCUACUUCGACGGCACUCCAAUUCGACUUUGACAGCUUGAAACAAGGAACUACUGGGGUGGGUGGUGAGGAAGACGUGUUUGUCUCCUUUUCUUCUGUACGUGACUAAACACCACUAACACUUUUAUGGGCCGACACAGAUGUCGUUUCUAAUUUGAGAAUUUGAGAAUGAAUAACCAAUGUGUGUAUGUAUGUAAUACUGUAUUCUUUCAGGUCUUCAAUCCUGCAAUGAUAAGUACACUGGUCAACUCGACACAACAGGCGUGUCGUCAGUUUGUUCCGAUGUACAACACAUCCUCGCUCUACUCGUCGCCCGUGUCCGCAUUCCGCGUUCUGGUUAGUUUGACGAGGACUGUUUUGUUAAUGCUGUUGUUGAUAAUGAUAAUGCAUGUGCCUCCCACUACGUACGAAGUCACCGGAAAAGGAGGGGUAGGGGGGGAGGGAGGGAGAGAGACUUGAUUCGAAACAUGUUGCAUCGAAUUAGUGGGAGGCCUUGAUAUCAAUUGGCCACUGAACUGAACUUAAGACGUUUGACGUUUCUUACUUCCGACAAUAUGUAGCGUUCUUUAGAAUCCGACGCUCUCCUCAAUCAUGAAUUUGUCGUUGGUCGACGCGGUCACGUCGCCACUAUCAUCUGCAGUCACCCCGGCAAUCACAAUGAAGGUACUGAAUUGGCCCCUCAUUAGUUGGGGAGGGGUUCCAAGUUGCCGCCCACGCCCACUUCCUCCCGAACCGCUGCCUCGUAUCUUUCUGUUCACCAUCCUCUUUUGCUUAUCACUUCCCGUCCCAUUAACAUUCCGAACCUCGAGUGAAUUAUUACUAACCAUUCAAUUUCGUUUCUCUCUCUCUCUGUUUUGCAAGAAGAAAAGAAGAAGACGAUGUAGAAGAUGUACACUAUCGUCGCCUGGUUGCCCCUCCUAUUUCCGGCUACUGUAGGACCUUCAAAGUGUAUAUAGAAAGGAAAAGUGGCCAAGAAGAUGCAAAGUGCAGUUCUCGGCGCGACGCCGUUGUUUUUCCAUUCCGAUCUACCAUCUCUUCCCAUGUUUGCAAAUAUACACUCUCUGGAGACCCCAAUCAACACUAAUGAAAUAUCCCACUCUCUCCCUCCCACUCUCCCCCUCUUUUUGUGGUGGUCCCUUCCGGUUCCGGCUCCUCUCUAUCAGAUUUUUGAACCACCAAAGAGAAGAGUUUUAAUGGGACGCGGCAAAUUUGCGGGCAUCAUCUGACAAACAAUGUGUGUCCGCGGGGGGCCUCGGCGGCGGCGGCACACUUCUCCCCUCAUCAUUUUGUUCCAAAGCUCAAGUUUGAAAUCGAGCCGAUCGCCGCCGAUCGUAAGUUUGCUGCUGAUUCUCUAUUUCUUGGCGGUCUCUUACUUUUGGCUAGCCUUUUUUUCGCCGGGGUGAUGAAAAAACAAAACACAUGGCGACCCCGGAGCAAUAAAUCAUUUGAGCAAGAGUUGCUUUGCCUUCCGAUGCCUCUCUUCGAACGGGCGGUCUGUCCUGUCCUGUCCAUCCUCUAUUCACCUUCGUUUCUACUUUAUCGCCAUCAACCACAUCUCAAUCCUUUCAGAUGUCGUUCCCGGAAACUGCCAAUCUUCUUCCACAACUUCAAGAGAAGCUGGAGAGUGUGAGAAUCUUGGAUAAUAUCAAAGUGGAACCGCUCGAAACGCCACUUCCACCAGCCGUUGUUCGUCCUACUCCGAUCCCAACUGCUCAGUUCUUGGCUCCAACCCAGCAAUUUGUGCUUCAACCGACACCCGCUCAACUCGGAAUGAGACGUAAGUGUCGGAACAACACCUACGCAAGAAAAAUCCAAUGAAUUGUCGACAUUAAUAAUAAUAGCGCAAGCGAUAAGCGAGCGAGUCGACCCGCAAUGGAAUGGAGGGAAUGAUAAAGUUGUGAUAAACAUUGUCUAACACCCUCUCUUUUUUCCAAAUUCUCUUUUUCUUCCUUCUUCUUCUUCCUCUCAAUCAGCUAUUUGUUCUUCAGGCAACAAGAGACCGUUGCGAGAGAUAGAAACCGAGGCGGCGGUUUCGUCAAAGUUGUUCAAACGGGAUGACGAGCGAAUGGAUAGGUGCGUCGCAAUGAACCGACAGGCUUGACAUCAAUCCUUAUCAUUUUAGACUCCUCGCUAAAGUUGGAUUCACCGAGAAAUUCGCGCAGCUUCCGGAAUUUACGCCCAAGGUAAGAGAGAUAGAAAGAGAAUCAAAUCGUGACGAUCAAAAUCGAAAACCCGUUGUGUCAAAUGACAAUGGUCGAAAAUCAGAAGGGGAAAGGGAAAGGGAGAGAGAGAGAGAGUGAGAAGAACUUUUAUGCGCGACAACGUCAGUAAUCAGCGACAACCGUCAAAUUUUAGAUCUACAAUGAAGUUCCGGCCUCGCCAAACUUGGCGACGCCAUUCAAGACGCCCGGAAAGGAGACGAUCUUCUUCGGACCAAACUUCAACCCCGAUAAUAUCUGUGGAGACAUCGGGACGCCUCAGUCGGCGUGCACUCCGCUCACUCCAAAGGCCAUCAAGUCUGGCCAAACGACUCCACUUUUUGGAGAGAGAUCGACGAACAAGCGGCUGUUGGAGGAGCGCCGGCGACUUGUGGCGCUCUUUUUGAGCGACGAGGGACUCUUCCCAACCAGUUCGUGCGACUUUGAACUUUCCGCGAAUUACAGAGUUAUUUUCAGCGCAGAACAUCAACCGCUUCCAAGAGCUUCAUCAGGAAGUGUUCCCCACUCGUUCAUCGCUCAUUCUCAAGAUUCGAGAGGUUCGGCAGAGAAAAAUGUCGAUCGGUAAUGAGACUUUGAUCGAUACCAGCUACAAACCAAGUAAGACCCGCUCGUUCUGAGUAACUAGUUUCAAAAGGCGAACUUUUCAGCUCUUGACAACAUCAUUUCUGCCAUUUAUGACAAGUAUCCAAUUCAAAACGAGCUUCCAACUUCCACUUUCUCGCCAUCCACCGAACUUAUCGAUAUCACAGUCUAA